UUGUAUCUCUCUCUAUUUCUGCCUUUAUUCUCUUCAGCACCUGCUGUUACAGAACCUAUAUGCAAAAUUCAAGAAAAAUUUGAGUUAAAUGGUUUAUAUAAAAAUGGAGAUAUUAUUUUAGGAGGGAUAUUUGCUAUACAUUUUACAACAGUAGUGCCAGAAUUAUCCUUUAAGUCUAAACCUGAGCAGUGGUGGUGUGACAGUUUUGAUUUCUCAGGAUUUCAGUGGGCACAGACAAUGAUCUUUGCUAUAGAGGAAAUAAACAGGGACCAGACCCUUCUUCCCAACAUUACUCUAGGUUACAGACUGUAUGAUAACUGUGUGAAGCUGCCAGUGGCAAUCAGGGCAGCAGCAGCUCUUGUCGGAGGUCUGGACGAGGUUAUCACUGACUACAGCUGUAAAGGACUCCCUCCUGUCCUUGCUGUUGUUGGGGAUCCUGGUUCAACGCAUUCUAUUGUUAUAUCAAGGAUUCUGGGACUAUUCCGGAUGCCUCUGGUCAGCUAUUAUGCUACUUGCUCCUGCUUGAGCAGUAAACAAGAGUACCCUUCAUUCUUCAGAACAAUUCCAAGCGAUACCUUUCAGGUCAAAGCAAUGGUUCAAAUUAUUAAAAAAUACAGGUGGACCUGGGUGGGGGCUAUAGGAAGCGAUGAUGACUAUGGCCAGUAUGCUGUCAAAACCUUCAGCAAGCAAGUUGAGAAAUUUGGCUGCAUUUCUUUCUCAGAAACUAUCCCCAAAGUCAAUGAAAAGGAGAAAGUUGUUCAAAUAGUCAAUACUAUAAAUCAAUCAACAGCUAAAGUGAUUGUAGUGUUUGCAUCAGAAGCAGACGUCACUCCGCUGGUGAAAGAAGUCGUUCGGCAAAACAUCACUGGCAGGCAGUGGAUUGCAAGUGAAGCAUGGAGUACCUCCACUGUUUUAGCCAGCAAGGAAAACUUUGCCUCCUUUGGUGGGACAAUAGGAAUCGCCAUUCGUAGAGGAGAAAUCCCAGGGCUGGAGAACUUUCUCCUUCAGAUCCGUCCUGUUUUUGACCCCAGUAAUAAUUUAAUUGUCCGGUUCUGGGAAACAAUGUUUGGAUGCAAAUUCCAAGAAAAUAUAAAUAAACAGAAUUCCUCAGCUUUGUCUGGGAGCAAAGUCUGCACAGGUUCAGAGGACAUUCGGCACAAGAACACAGCCUAUAGUGAUGUAUCAGAAUUGAGGGCUUCCUACAAUGUGUAUAAAGCAGUGUAUGCCUUAGCACAUUCCCUGCAUAACCUGAUGUCUUGUGAGAGUGGCAAAGGGCCAUUUGAAAACAAUACCUGUGCAGACAUCACAAUUGUGCAGCCCUGGCAGCUUCUGCAUUAUUUAAAGGACGUCAAUUUCACUAAUCAUUUAGGAGAGAGGGUGGCUUUUGAUGAAAAUGGGGAUGCACUUGCAAUCUAUGACAUAAUGAACUGGCAGCCGGCUAAUGAUGGAGCCCUACACAUUAAAACCAUUGGUCGUUUCGAUGAGUCAGCUCCUGCUGGGCAAGAACUAUCAUUAAUUGAAGGCGAUAUCUUUUGGAACUCUGAUUCUAGAACAAUUCCUCAGUCUAUCUGCAGUGAAAGCUGUGCACCCGGCACAAGAAAGGCGACCAGGAAAGGGGAGCCAGUGUGCUGUUUUAACUGUAUACCAUGUGCAGAUGGAACAAUUAGCAGUGAAAUAGAUUCAGUUGAAUGCUUUGAUUGCCCACCAGAUUUCUGGUCAAACGAAGGACGAAACCAGUGCGUGUUAAAAGAGAUUGAGUUUCUCUCAUAUAAAGAUGCUAUGGGAAUCAGCUUGAUGACCAUUGCAUUAUUCGGAGCCGGCUUAUCAGUUGGUGUUUUAUUCGUUUUUAUAUUUUAUCGGAACACCCCGGUGGUAAAAGCUAAUAAUUCUGAAUUGAGCUUCGUGUUGCUGGUUUCCUUGACACUGUGCUUUCUUUGCUCAUUGUGUUUUAUUGGGCAACCUACAAACUUGACAUGUCUGCUGAGGCAUGUGGUAUUUGGAAUAAGCUUUGUUGUGUGUAUUUCUUGCAUUCUUGUAAAAACAAUUGUUGUGAUAAUGGCAUUUAAAGCUACCUUACCUGGUGAUAAUCUCAUGAAAUGGUUUGGUGUUGCCCAGCAAAGAGGCACUGUCUUCCUCUUAACCUUUAUCCAAGUUGUGAUAUGUAUUGUGUGGUUGACCACAGCUCCUCCUCUCCCAACUAAAAACACAAAGUAUCAAACUGCGAAAAUCAUUUUUGAGUGCAAUGCUGGCUCUUUCACUGGAUAUAGCUGUCUGCUAGGAUACAUAGGCUUGUUAGCAUGCACCUGCUUUCUGUUCGCUUUCUUUGCAAGGAACCUACCAGACCACUUUAAUGAGGCUAAGUUUAUUACUUUCAGCAUGCUCGUAUUUUGUGCUGUUUGGAUCACAUUCAUACCAGCUUAUGUUAGCUCACCCGGGAAAUACACAGUAGCUGUUGAAAUUUUUGCUAUUUUGGCAUCAAGCUUUGGUCUCCUUGUUGCCAUAUUUGCUCCCAAAUGUUACAUUAUUCUGCUGAAGCCAGAAAAGAAUACUAAGAAAGCCCUUAUGGGCAGAGCAGGAACUAAUUAGUAAACUAAUAGUUAGCUGAGAUAAAUAAAGGCAGCUAUAGUGACUGCUUCCUUGACAGCUGAACACUUGCUUUCUGCAUGCUUUCUCUGCAUUUUAAUUAUUAUGCUAUUUUAAUGACAUAUUGGUAUGCUAUAUAUUGUUUUCAUAACUAGUUUAUAAAUAAGGCUUUGUAUACAGUACAUAUAUAUGUUUGUACUGUAUAUGUCUUGUUUAAUUAGAUAAACUAUUCUUGUUACAAUGUCUUUUAAGAGUUAAAUAAAGUCACC